UAGAGCCCCAGCGCGAUUAGAAAGAAAAUAAAAAACAUGGCCGAUCGACAGUGAUGGGUGGUAAAAGUUAGCGUUGAUAAAUCUUUUAUGUAGCUUGUAUUUGAAGCUUAUUUCGCAUCGAAAACUAGAUUUUAAUGUGCUGAAACCUCCGAUACAGGAGUUUAAGGUGGAAGGAAGUUCGUUUCUCACCGGGAGGCCUUAAAAAAACACGUUAGCCACGUUAGCAGGCUAGCUUGCGUUUGCUUUUGUUUCUUUCCAACUGUAACAUUUGUACACCGGAAAAUUUACGUUUUUUUAUUUCACUUGGACCUUAAUUUACUUAUUUUUUGUAGCUGAAACAGUAUAUUCUUAUGUCCGUCUUUCCUGCUUCCAAGUGGUAGUUGGCUAGCUUUUUUAAGCUAGCUAAAGAAAAACAAAGCCAUUCCGAGUAGUAAGAGUCGCUCGCUUUGACUCGUCGGACUGUGUGUCUGUUUAUGAAAGUUACACCAAGAGAUAUGGAUCCUAAACGAGCCCCCGGCAAACACAAGACUGGCGGCGGAAGCAGCAGCGAGGACUCCAAUCCGGCGUCCCCCUCCAGCAGCCCCGCAGCAGCGGCGCCUGCGGUAGCCAAUGUGUUCGCCAACGACGGCAGCUUCAUGGAAAUUUUUAAGAAGAAGAUGGAGGAAGAGAAGAGCAAAAAGGAGGCGCAGCUAACAGGUGGAAAGGCGAUAGCCCCCGAGCAAGGACACACCUCAGUGGAAAAGAAGGCCCCUCCUGUGACCAGCUUUGUAAGGGGUCUAGCAGUUGUGGGGAAGCGCCGGGGCGGUGUGUUCCUUAAGACGGGAGUGGUUGCGAAGAAGCAGAAACAGGACGCAGAGGCCGAGGCAGGCAAGAGCGAUGCUUGGUCAAAGUACAUGGCCGAAGUGAAAAAGUACAAAGCCCACCAGUGCAGCGACGACGAUAAAACCAGACCUCUGGUCAAGUAGGCGAAGGACGGUGCUUUGGGGAGAAACCCACCAAGGAGAAGCUCCAGGGAAGAGAACCUUUAAUGACCUCCUCUUACUGCCAGUUGAAGUCACCUUCACUGUCUUUCACAAACUGCUUAGGCUGACACACUUUUUUCUUUAUUAUUUUUGUCUUAUUUGGUUCUGGUGUCGAUGAAUCUUAGUAUCAUUUACAUGCCUUCAAACAUCGUCAUAUUUGUGUUAAUCCAUGUAUGACUUAAACACAUUAGAUGGCCUACCCAUGGUUUCAAUUAAAUCAAAUUUCAAUUGUUUCACGUCCUUCUUUGGGUAUUUGUAGAUAAAUUGGCUGUAAAAUGUCCACAUUUUAACCAGUUUUUAUGCUUAUGAAUCUCUGUAGAAACAUGUCUAGUUGUAAGUUAGAGGGGAACAAUGUGAAGCUCAUUUUAUCUGCUUCCCAGGUAAACAAUAUCUUCUGUUAUAAAAUUACAUCUUUCAGUA